AUGGUUCCGGCAUGGUUGGCUACAGUAGCCUCGGUGGGCAUGGCCGUUGGCCCACCGCUCGUGUAUGCGGAUCAGGCGCACUCAAUUGUACGGAAGAAGGACUCCACGGGGUUUUCUCGUGAUGUCUGUGCUAUAUUGCUGUUGGCGAACAUCACCCGGUGCUUCUUCUGGCUCGGGAGCCGAUUUGAGAUUGCCCUGCUACUGCAGUCAAUAUUCAUGAUAUUCGCACAAAUGGCCCUGCUGUACAUCUGUAUCAAAUACCGCCCUCACACGAGCCCCGAAAACAUUGGCGCAUCCUCACGCCCGUUCUCGUUCUGGCAAUGGUCAACGUAUACACAAUAUCUCGAAUUCUUAGCAGGAUUCAUCCUAUGCCAGGCAAUUCUAUUCCUGAUAUUCGGUCGCUUGCAAACCUUCGUGUUUCUCCUGGGUAUGGUAGCAUUAGGUGUGGAGAGCACGCUACCAAUACCUCAAAUGAUCAGUAACCACAAACAGCGCUCUCUGUAUGGGUUCAGACUGUCAACCAUGCUAGGCUGGGUGGGCGGAGAUGCCUUCAAAACGGCGUACUUCUUCGUGCAGAAUUCCCCGCUGCAAUUCAAGAUCUGCUCAAUCUUCCAGCUAUCAAUUGAUUCGGUGAUCAUCAUCGGGCAACGGUUGUAUUUCGGGAACGCAAUACCUGCUUCGACGCUCAUGGAGGAAGAUGAUAUCGAGCAAGCCUUGGCAUUGGCGGAGGAGUGA